CUAAAAUUUGCUUAAAAUAAUUCAUAAUUAGUCUUCUUCCUUACUACGUCUCUGGUAUCAAGCUCCGCCCCUUGUCGUUGAGCCAAUAAACUAGGCGGGGCUUAGUGACCAUAGGCGUAGGCUGAAAUCAUUUUAUUUUACAUUGUAUAUUAUAUAAAUUAUUCACCUGGCCUUUUCUGUUUUACCUUUACCUACAACUAUUGUCAAAAUGAAUUGCUACAGUUACAACGACAAAAUAAAAACUGACUUGUUCAAACAAGAAACCACUUACAAAACCGACUACAAAAACUAUUGCGACACGAAACAUGAAAUCCCGAAACCCCAAAGGGCGCGAAGCGAAAAAGUCUCACCCCCGCCAGCAAAAUACCAACCGGAAGACCCCGAAACUUUCUAUAAAUUCAGGAAACCUGUCUCUUUUGACUUGCUAUUGCAACCCAAACCAAUAUUGCAAACCAAUCCGAAUCAAAGUUUCGUGAAACUGGCCCCUUUGCCUAAAGACGAUCAAGUUUUGGCCCGAAAAACCCGCCCUAGGAUCUAUAUAACUCCUGCCGUUAGUAUUGAUGAUACUCCAGAUCCAGAAAUGAGGCGAUUAUUAUGCAAUUACAUGUACACAACUGAAUGGCACAGAGCUGAAAUCGAGGGAGCUUCUAAUUUCAAGCCCAAACAACCAAAUAUUUUUGAAGUUGAAGAAAAGGAUACGGUGACUUUUAAGACUGAAUUGUAUCCUCCUUUGGAAGAGAGAUUUAUUAGGCCAAGUAAACAGUGGGACGAUGAGCAGAGAAGAGGCACUUCUGAGCCUACAAAGGAGUUUUGGUUGCAUAAAGAACCACCAGUAGUGUGUGGUGCCUGUGUAGACCCUUUGGAAAACAUAGUGCCUCAAGAAACCAAACUGCAAAUCACUAAAGCGAUUAAAGAUAACAGUUUGAGGCUGGCUCAUGAUAUUCCAUGUGCCAGUUAUGCCGGCUACAAACCCAGAAUGUCAACGGGAGUGUCAAUUUCUAGAAAAAAGCUUCCCAUUAGUCAUCCUUUGUUGUCUACGACUCAAGCUUUGGUAACUACAUUUGAUCAGGGACAAGAUAUAAAUAAAUAA